AUGUUUGAUAAAAAUUAAAGCGUGCAAGUAGCUGAUUUAAAUAUCAAUACUUUUGCGUCUAAGCCCAUAUUGUUGAAUGUAUUUUCAAUUUUCCUGAUCCUUUGUCUCAUUGCAAAUUCUACAUAAAUAAUAGUAGUGUAGUAUACGAGGGUCUCUUUAGCUAACCAUCAGAGAGUAAUAAAUAAAAUUAUAUUAUUAAGCCUGGAAUGCAUGUAAUAAUCAAGACUAAUGUCAGGAAUCAAUUACAUAAGAAAAUUGUUGGUCAUAUAAAGCAAUAUUUUUACCGCCGGUUUCUGGAUAUAGUUACUUGCUUUACAAAACUAUUGAGCUCAAACAUCAUUAUGAUCUAACAUUAUAAAUGAAUGUUCAAUCGGAUGUAAUUCCUGUAAUUCAUUUGGAUGUUUUGAUUAAGAAUUGUUUUUGUAACUUUUUUAUUUAUAAGAAUUCUCCAAUAUUACCCCAGAAGAAGGAUGGGAAUUUGGAGUUAAUAAUGUUAAAAAAUGUUUAGGUAUAUAACAUAUUAUUAUAAAAGGAUUUAGUUACAUAUAUUCUUCUGGAAGUGUUUUGUUUAAAGUCUUUGAGUUAGAUU